GCAGAACCCAAAGUUCCCAAAUUAAGAUGUCUAAAGCUUUCUUGCUUCUGUUUCUCCUUGGAGUGGUGGUUCUUAUGAUCACCACUCCUUCUCUAGCUAAUCAACCCCAUGAUAAUGAGCCUUACAAGGGUAAUGGAGGCAAGCCUUUCCCUGGUCAAAAGCCACCAACACACCCUGGUGAGAAAGGUAAGGGAAAGAAGCCACCAGUACAUGGGGAAAAACCUCCUCACAGACACCUCCUGAGUGAGGAUGUUGAGGACACACACAAACCUCCAAAAACCCCAGGCGGUAAACCACCCAAGGCUAAGGGAGAGAAGCCUCCACAUGAAAAUGAACUCCCCCAUGGUAAACCACCCAAGAAGCCAUUCCCUGGUGACAAACCGCCUAAGGGUAAGGGCAAGGAGCCACCCCAUGACCACAAACCUCCUCACAGACGCCUCUUAGGAGAGAAUGCUGAGGACUCCCACGAGCCACCAAGAUUUUCCGGGGGUAAACCACCCAAGGGCAAGGGAGAGACGCCUCCACAUGGACAUGAAUUGCCAAACGGUAAAGAACCCAAGAAGCCAUUCCCAGGUGACAAACCGCCUACAGGUGAGGGAAAGGAGCCACCCCAUGACCACAAACCUCCUCACAGACGCCUCCUAGGUGAGGAUGUUGAGGACUCCGACAAGCCACCCAGAUUUUCAGGUGGUAAACCACCCAAGGGCAAGGGAGAGAAGCCUCCACAUGGACAUGAAUUGCCAAAUGGUAAAGAACCCAAGAAGCCAUUCCCAGGUGACAAACCGCCUAAGGGUGAGGGAAAGGAGCCACCCCAUGACCACAAACCUCCUCACAGACGCCUCCUAGGUGAGGACGUUGAGGACUCGCACAAGCCACCAAUAUUUUCCGGUGGUAAACCACCCAAGGGUAAGGGGGAGACGCCUCCACUUGAGCACAAACCACCCCAAGAACGUCACCCAGGACAGGGAACUGAGGCCUCGCGCAAGCCACCGAUCAAUAAGUUGAAGCCAAAAGUGCCACCCUAUAAACCACCCCACAAGCCUCCACACGGCAACUAUUGUUCACGUUCUUCGCCACAAAAACAAGCUACAGAUUUUCCAAUAACAAUGUCUAAAGCUUACUUGCUUCUGUUUUUACUUGGAGUGAUAGUGAUGGCUCUUCUCACCACUCCAUCCCCAUCUCUUGCUUAUAAUGGGCCUCCCGAGGAAGACGAGCCAUUUCCAGAGCGCAAACCACCAAUUCUCCCUGGUUAUGUACCACCAAAAUUUAUCCCUGGUGCUGAACCACUGCCACCUAAGAAAGAGGAGCCACCAAUACGCCCAGGUGAUAAUAAGCCAGUACCCCAACGACACCUUUCGGAAGACGGCGGCGUUGAGGAAUUGCACAGCUCACCCUGCAAGCCACUUGACAAACCACCAAAGGGCAAGGGAAAGAAGCCACCGCAUGAUGGUCAUCACCCAGCGGGACACCUUCUGGCAGAGCAAGUACUUGAGAACAAAGAAGUGCUCCAGCCACCACGCAAGUUGCGUCCACCAGUGCCUCCACAAGAGCCACCUCAGGAGCCUCCACGUGGGCCACCCCACGUGCCUCCGCGUGAACCACCCCACCAGCCUCCUGACCAACCGCCCGUUGGGCCUCCACAUGAUGAACCACCACACCAGCCGCCACCAAAGCCACCAGUUUAUGAACCUAAGCCACCAAAGAAAGAGAAGCCAGAACCCAAACCACCAGUUUAUGAGCCUCCAAAGAAGCCUCCGGUGUAUGAGCCACCAAAGAAACCACCAGUAUAUGAACCUAAGCCACCAAAACCACCAGUGUAUGAACCUCCCAAGAAAGAGAAGCCAGAGCCCAAGCCACCGGUUUACGAACCUCCAAAGAAGCCACCAGUGUAUGAACCUCCUAAGAAACCUCCGGUGUAUGAGCCACCUUAUGGUCACUAUCCAGGACACCCUCCAAUGGGGAAGCCAUCAAACUAGCCCCCAUCACCAGGCCAUCCCAACAACAUGAGCUACUAUGGCCAUAUAGAUAGAUUAGUAACUACAAAUAAUGGCUGCUGCCAACUUGUGUUAUAUUUUCUUGCAUGUCAUAUAAUGUUUUCAUCAUAAGUCCUGUUUGAUGAGAGAUCAGAUGCGAGCGAUCAAGAAAGCUCAUGUCACUACUCCUUGAAAUGUCUAUUCUCUUCUUAUUGCUUAAUGAGCAAUUGAGCAUAUCCAAAUUCAUCUUAAGUGCAAAUCCGGAGGGCAGUAGUAUUAAUCGCA